GGUAAAGAAGUUGUAUGGAAGUAAUAGAUAUACUCUCUUCUACCCGACUUUUUCUUCAAGGUGAGAAGAUCAUGCACUUGGCUUUGGCUUCUGCCACCCCAUAAAAAAGAAGAGAGAUUAUCCACCGAAUCGUCUCCUUUCCUGCAUCAUCAAUCCCUUCCGCCAAAUAAAGGGCGCAGCGCAGCGCAAGUGCAGCAGCAAGCAAAGUGCAGUGCAAGCAAAGAAAAAUACGCAUUGAUCAGCGUGCAGAGGGUUGAAAUAAUGCAAGGCACUGUAACAGUCUUGUUGACCCCGUACACUGGAUUCGGCUUUUCUUUUCCUUGACGCCCAGAGAAGACGUUUUAAGCCUAAGCGUGCGUGCGUGUGUGCCACUUCGGGGAAAAUAAAAAGACUGCUUGCUGCACACUCGGCCUAAAGGGCAGGGAACAAUGCUAUACCUUCGAUCAGGAAGAGAGCAUUUAUCCAGGAGGAAUAUCAGUCCGAUGUGAUGGUAGCAGACAAUAAAGAUGGGGCUACCAAUCAAUCAGCCGAUGCAUCAAACAGCAUACUUAUCAGACCAUUCGUACAGGAUGAUCUUGAAACAGUCAAAGACUUAUUUACAUCUUACUAUGAAUGGCUGAAUCUAGACUUGAAAUUUCAAGAUUAUCAGGCUGAGUUCUCAAACUUGCCAGGAAAGUAUGCUAGCGAUCGAGGCGGUUCACUGCUUCUUGCUUUUGCUUGCUUACAAGGACAGACACUUGAACCGGUGGGGUGUCUGGCAAUGCGUAGACUGAACAUCACAGGUGAUAUUCAAUCUUCUAUUCGCAACCAUCUCGAGACUCUUGGUGUAAAACAAUCAUCACCCGUGAAUGAGGCAACGAAAUGUUGCGAAUUGAAAAGAUUUUUUGUCACACCUUCAGCUCGAGGGAUAAAAAUUGGCAAUUCUUUGAUCAUGGCAACACUACAAGAAGCCAAAAAACAAGGAUAUGAAUACGCAUUCUUGGACACCCUUGUUGAUCGCAUGCAAGGCGCUUGUACCCUAUACGAAAGGUUUGGAUUUCAGCAAAGUAUGCCCUACUAUCAAACCCCACUGGCAGAUCAAACAUUUUUCUACGUCAAACGUUUGUGA